AUGGCGUUCCAGGCGCGGCACCGCUGGAUGAUCCAGCGUCUUCAGCUCGGCCUGGGCUUCGAGGACGAGUCUCAAGUGGAAGAGCUUCUCCGUGGCAACGGCAUCAUGGAGCAGCUCUCGCGCUUCUUUCGAGCUGAUGGCCCCACCAAAAUAUUCUUCUACUACCAGACAAAAGGCGCCAUCGAAAGUGACAGCGUCACCCACUCGUCAUCUACGGCAGAACUACAACGUAGAGAGCUUUUCGUGACUGACGGAUUGGACGAGACGCUGCAAGGACGCGCUGUCUUCUUUGCCAAAGUGGCGCCCGAAGCUUCAGAUGAUAAAGAGACGAAUCGGGACGAUAACCCCGAGACUUUGGACGAUAAUUCACUAUACGACUCGACGCCACGUCUGCCGCUUGAUCCAGCAGUGGCCAACGACCAUUUACUCACUUAUGGGGUGCUAGAUUCGUCGGUAUUACUCUCAAUUGAGACUCACCUGGCACAGUUAUUUGUACCCAUGUUGACCUCCAGAGAGGAGAGUGAAUGGGGCCAAGCCGAGAGUGACACUCGCAAUGACUUCAUGCUGGGUCUUAAGAGCUUUGUGACCGAUGUGCAGGAGAAUCUCAAGGCCAUGAACACAGGACUGGACCUACGUAAACCAGACAAGAGAUACGACACGUCGGACUCUAGAAGUUUAUCGAAAUUGUCGUCCGAUGACGGGGCUGUGCAGCACUUCGUGGAGCUGGUCAAAGACUGGUGUAAACAGACAGAAGCCUAUCUGGAAGAUAAUGAUCAAGGACGGUGGGAAUCGCACGAAGCAGGUCCUGCGACGGAGCUGGAGUACUGGAAAAGAAGACUGCAGAGACUCAUGGGCAUCACGGAGCAGCUGAAGACCAAAGAGUGUAAGAUGGUCACUGGAGUGCUCAAUGUUGUGUCGAAAUUGCAGGAUGGAGCGACUGAUAAGCUUGGAAUUGCGCAAUUAUUGCGACAGUGGAAGCAGAUUGACACAAAUAUCACGGAAGCGUCGAACGAAGCCAAAGACAACGUCAAGUAUCUCGCCACGCUCGAGCGAUUCAUCGAGCCAUUGUACACUGGCACUCCGACGUCCGUGGUAGACGCACUCCCUGCUCUUAUGAACUCUGUCAAGAUGAUCCACACUAUUGCUCGUUACUACAACACAACGGAGCGCAUGACGAAGCUCUUCAUGAAAAUCACGAACCAGAUGAUCGCGCUGUGUAAGAACAGCUUGGUCGGUCGUGAGCCUCCCGAGGCCAUUUGGGACAAAGACCCGGAAGUGCUUCUUGUUGGGCUGGAGGCCUGUUUAAAACUCAACGAAGCGUACCAGGAGCAGUAUCGCCUCACGAAAGAUAAGCUGCUGACGAUGCCCAAAGGGAAGCAAUUCGACUUCAGCGAGACGCAGAUUUUCGGCAAAUUUGACCUUUUCUGUCGACGUCUCGUGAAGCUCAUCGACAUGUUCAGUACCAUUCACCAGUUCCGCGCUCUGGCUCAGCAUUCACUGGAAGGAAUGGAUGCAUUGCUGGCGUCCUUCAACACGAUUAUCCGAGAAUUUCGCGCUCACAAACACAAUCUGCUGGAUUUUCACAAUAACAAAUUCGACCGUGAUUACGUGGAAUUCAACAUUCAAAUUGCCGAUCUCGAGGCCUCGUUGCAGCAGUUUAUUAACGUGAGCUUCGACUCCAUCACGAGUAUCGAGCAGUCGUUGCAGCUGCUGAAGCAGUUCCAGCAGAUCUUGCAGCGAGAGACGUUGCGGAGUGACUUGGACUCGAAGUUUACUGUAAUUUUCCACAAUUACGGACUGGAUCUGUCGCACGUCCAGGAGCUGUAUGAACGUCAUCGACAUGAUCCCCCCGUGGCGCGUAAUUUACCUCCCGUUGCAGGUAAUAUUCUCUGGUCACGGCAUUUAUUACGACGUAUCGAGGAACCCAUGCGCAAAUUCGAAAGCAACCCUACGGUCCUUUCCACAAAAGAUUCCAAGAAAAUUAUCAAAACCUACAACAAAGUGGCGCGUACGCUUGUAGCGUUCGAGUACUUGUGGUACGAAGCGUGGUGUCGCUCGGUGGAGAACGCACGCGCUGGGCUGCACGCGACUUUGAUCAUUCGCCAUCCCGAUACAGGUCGGCUUUUUGUGAAUUUCGACAAAGAAAUCCUGCAACUUAUUCGCGAAGCGCGUUGUCUUGACCGGAUGGGGAUCGAAGUUCCGGAGAACGCGCGUAUGGUGAUGCUACAAGAAGACAAAUUCAAGGCCUACUACAACGAUCUGAGCUAUGCGCUGCAUGAAUACGAUCGCGUUACAGCCAAGAUCAUCCCAGUUACAGCCGUGCUACUGCGUCCUCACUUGGAAGACUUGCAGCACAAACUCCGACCUGGACUGGUUACGCUAACGUGGACGAGUAUGAAUAUCGACGCGUAUACAGCUGUAGCACACGCGGCGUUACAGCGUCUUGAAGAGCUCAUCUCUAGCGUACUGGACGCGAUUGAGAACCGAAUUGAGAAGAACCUGGUGAUCGUCUCCAAGGCUUCUCUCGUCCACUUACCCACAGACCAGUCCUUCGCUCUGGAUGACUUUGUACGGAUGCAAGAGAAACAUGUGGCGAAUGUCACGAAACAGUUAGCAGCGAAGAACGUGGAGAUCGAAAAUGCUGUCGAAGAUGUGCUUCGUCUUAUCUGUGAAUACAAUUUGGACGGCUCGACUUCUUCCUCUGGACUCAAUGGCGGCAUCUCGGCUCUGUCAGGAUUAAAUACGGUAACGUGUGAUGUCGAAGCCAUGGAGACAUUCAGAAGCUUUUACAGGAAUCUCUUCUACCGUUCAUUGGUGACCUGUACGAAGCAGUCUUUGGACGCUAUCAAGAAGCGCGUGUGCUCAAAAGCAGGCACAGGGUUUCUCUUCCUGGAACGGCCUUUCUUCGAGGUUGACGUCCAGUUAUCAGUGCCUUCUGUUCGAUUGAGUCCGUCGCUUGAUGACAUCCAGAAAGCUAUCAACCGAUCCGCUGUAGCAGUGUUGCGUUGCUCCAAGAGUCUGUAUGAAUGGGGCCAACAGAGCGUGUUUCCAGAAUCUAUGCGAACCAGUCUAUUCGAGCGACUUGGAUGCGAUACUGAGAUCAUUAAAGUGGCCAUUCUACUCACUGGUGCGUUGCAUGGAACGAAAAACCAAGUACACGAGUACCUUUCCGCGUUCAAAAAGUACGACUGGCUCUGGAAAGAAGACAUGGAGUUCCGCUAUAACCAAUUCAUGCAGCGUAACCCACUGAUCCAAGAUUUUGAGACGGAGUUACGUCAUUUCAUGGCAGUCGAGGCGGAGAUCUCGCUAAUUGCGCCGGUACACAACAUUGCGGUGUUGUCUCUAAACACGAAGAACCUUAAGUUACAGCUCCGAAACGAGUGUCGCCAAUGGAAAGUGCAGUACUCCGAUAAAGUCCACCAACAGGCCCGGACUGCGCUGUUCAAUCUCACAGAUUACAUCCGGACAACGACUUCCAAACUCAAUGCUCGCGUGGAAACUCUCGAUACGCUUCGCUUCGUUAUGGGAGUGCUAAAAGAAGUGCGUGAACGGGAGUCUGCUAUUGAGAUGGAGUUGAAUCCCAUUGCUGAUAUGUACGAUAUGCUCGAGCAUUAUCUUCCUGGAGGAUACAUGGAUAAGGAAGAAAUGGACCAGAAGAGUGUACUGCGUGGUUCGUGGAGGAAACUUGUGGAUUAUGCGGAAGAAGUGACGGAUAAUCUGUCGGAGGUGCAGGGAGGCUUUAAGAAACAGCUCAUUAAGGACGUAAAAGACUUCCAAGCGGACGUUGCAGUGUUCCGAAGCGACUACGAAGCCAACGGGCCGAUGGUGUCUGGUCUUGUACCUGCAGAGGCCGUGGAACGUCUUAAAAGAUUCAAAGACUUGCUGGGGAUUCGAGAACGGAAGCUCGAAGUGUUCUCUGCUGGCGAGGAACUAUUCGGUAUGAGACCGACAGAGUAUCCCGAAAUUGUGCGUACUCGUAAGGAGAUGGCGUUACUGGAUCAGCUUUACGGUCUCUAUAUGGACGUCGAGAAGACUAUGGAUGAGUUCCGAGGGAUUUCGUGGGCUCAAGUGGGGGCGAACGUGGAGCGUAUGAACGAUUGCUUUGCUGGUUAUGACCAGCGCUGUAAGAAGAUGCCGAAGAACUUGUGUGAGUGGGAAGCUUACGGUAUUUUACGCAAGGUCAUUACAGAGUUUUUAGAGAUGCUCCCUAUCGUUAGAGAGUUGACGAGGGAGAGUAUUAAACCUCGUCAUUGGGAGGAGAUCAUCACAGCUUGCAACGGUCAACGACUGCCGUACGACAGCGAGUCGUUCAAGUUUCAAGACGUGCUGGACGCCAAGCUUCUCACGUGGAAAGAAGACGUCGAGUAUAUUUGUGAAAGCGCACAAAAGCAGCUGCAGAUUGAACACAAACUUCGCGACCUCACGGAUCGCUGGGCCGGCACGACGUUUGAGUUCAGCGAGUGGAGGCAACGGAGUGUCCCUGUACUUAAGGGUUACGGUCAGAUUAUUGAGGAUCUCGAAGAAGGACAACUGCAGCUUCAAGCGAUACUGAGUAUGAGGCACGUGGUAUUCUUCAAAGACCGCGUACAAGUCAAGCUGGCCCAGCUCUCCGAUACAGCCGACGUGUUAGAAUUGUGGGCGAAAGUUCAAACCCUGUGGAUGUCGCUGGAAUCGGUUUUCACGGGUGGAGAUAUCGCGAAACAAAUGCCACUGGAGGCGAAGAAGUUCGCGAAAAUCGAUAAAGACUGGCUCAAGGUCAUGAGUAAAGCUGCCGAAGUGGGCUUUGUCGUGUCCUGCUGCUCUAACGAGCUGUUGCGUAGCACACUUCCGUCUCUUUUCGGCGAGCUGGAGAAAUGUCAAAAGUCGUUGGAAGGGUAUCUGGAGCAAAAGCGCAAGAAGUUUCCGCGUUUUUACUUUGUUUCAAACCCGCUGUUACUGCUGAUAUUGUCUCGAGGGUCCGACCCAGCAGCAGUGCAGCAAUACUACGAGAAAAUCUUCGACAGUAUCAGCCACGUCGUGCACGAAAGACCCAUGUCAGCUGCAGAAUCCAAAGCUUCUUCAACGACCGCCACGAAUCCAAUCGCUAAGCGUAAAAUUGUUGAAAUCAAGUCCCUUGUGGGAAACGACGAAGAAACGAUUUCGUUGGUGCAGCCUGUACUGCCAGACGGGAAUAUUGAGGAUUGGCUGGGGAUGCUGGAGAAGGAGAUGCGACGGACCCUCAAGACUUUAUGCCGCCAAGCCGCUGCAGAGUGUUCGUCCGGUUCGCUUCGAGAAUUCGUCAGUAAAACUUGUGCACAGUUUGCGCUUCUGGGGAUUCAGCUAAGCUGGACGGCCGAGUGUCAGGACGCGCUGCAGCGAUGUCGCACUACCAAAGGGAUUAUGGCGCAGACUGCGAAGAAGCAUGGGACGAUGUUGUCGGAGUUAUCUUCGUGGUGUCUGACAGAUCUGGGCACGAAACUUACGCGCACUAAAGUGGAGACGCUAAUCACGAUCCAAGUCCAUCAACGUGAUUGUUUCUUGGAGCUGUGUAAACUUUACAAGGAGAAGAAACUCUCGGAUGCCAACGACUUUGAAUGGCUCAAACAAGCACGUUUCUAUUGGCGUGUAGGAGGCCAAGGGGCUUUUGAUUCAGUAGGUCCAGACGCCUGUUUGAUCUCCAUUUGUGAUGUGGAUUUCAAGUACGCGUUCGAGUAUCUGGGCUGUAAGGAACGUCUGGUGAUCACGCCGUUAACUGAUCGCGCUUACAUCACUCUGUCUCAAGCUCUGGGAAUGCACUUAGGGGGUGCUCCUGCUGGUCCUGCGGGUACUGGAAAGACCGAGACGGUGAAAGAUCUUGGACGUAGUCUUGGUGUCUAUGUGAUCGUCACUAACUGCACAGACCAGCAGCGUUAUUCAGACAUGGCGAAGAUCUUUAAAGGACUCUGUCAAGGUGGAUUGUGGGGAUGCUUUGAUGAGUUCAAUCGCAUCGAGUUGCCAGUUCUAUCAGUGGUAGCGCAGCAGGUUCUGGCGAUCACAAACGCUAAGCGAGUACAAGCCCCAACGUUCACGUUCCCUGGAGACCCGCUCCCUAUUGGACUGCACACAGACGCCGCGUACUUUAUCACAAUGAAUCCUGGCUAUCAAGGACGUCAGGAGCUGCCAGAAAACCUCAAGGCUCUUUUCCGAGGAGUCUCCAUGAUGGUCCCGGAUCGGGAGAUUAUCAUGAAAGUCAGGCUGUGUGCUGUGGGCUACGACGCGUUUGCAGAACUUGCUCGUAAGUUCAAGACGCUGUAUGCUGUUUGUGAGGGUCAGCUAUCGAAACAACGCCACUACGACUUCGGUCUUCGUAAUAUUCUAUCGGUUUUACGGUCAGCGGGUGCUACCAAGCGCGAUAAUCUCCUUGCGAGUGAGGAAUUGCUCAUGAUGACGACGCUAAGAGAUAUGAAUCUCUCCAAGCUCGUGGCUGCCGAUGUGCCUAUCUUUUUGUCCUUACUUCGCGAUAUCUUCCCUGGCGUGGAGCCGGCACCUUCGUCUGGUGGUAAAAGUAACGAGAUUGCUGCUGCUGUCGAGGAUGUGCUACAUAAAUCUCAGAGUUGGCCGCCGCCAGCGACAUGGAGCGCAAAAGUGACUCAACUGUACGAGACUCAACUCGUACGUCAUGGAAUUGCGCUCGUAGGACCCGCGGGGUCAGGGAAGUCCGAGAUUCUACGUACGUUACAGACUGCGCUAAGCAAUUUCACUCGUACUCCACAUCGACAAGUUCGCUUGAACCCUAAAGCGGUACGUGCCGAGGAACUGUUCGGAGAGACUGAUCGGUUGUCUGGAGAAUGGGUCGACGGUGUCUUCGCUGCGAUUUGGGCGAAAUUUAACGACCGGUCUCGUAAAGAUGUGUCCUGGUUGGUCUGUGAUGGACCAGUGGAUGCAGUCUGGAUAGAGAAUCUCAAUACGGUAUUGGACGACAAUAAGCUGCUUACGUUGGCGAAUGGAGAUCGGUUACCGAUGACGGACAACUGUAAACUGCUCUUUGAAGUCGAGGAUCUGCGCAAUGCUUCGCCCGCGACAGUGUCUCGAGCAGGAAUCGUGUACGUCAGUGAUACAGAUCUCGACUGGGAGCCUGUGGCUCAACGAUGGCUUCGUAUGCGACCGGACUCGCAGCGUGCCGCUUUAACUCGAAGUAUGCGGACACUUGUGGGCGACGUUGCAGGUUCGGGACACCUGUUUGAGUUCCUGACGCGAAGAUGUCGACCUGUUAUGAUCGUACCCAGAGUGGCGUUGAUUCAGGCGUGCUUGAACCUGUUACAGUCUCUGUUAGAGCGCAGUGAGCUUAGUGAGAACUCGCAGGCUGAUUUAGAGUUAGAGCUGGAGAGAUUGUUCGCAUUCGCGUUAGCGUGGGCAGUUGGCGGUGUAUUAGAUCUGGAAGAUCGCAACAAACUCCACCAUUAUCUAGUCGAAAAGGCUCCAGCCACAACGUUCCCGUCAUCGAUUGCCCCAGUUGCCACGCAAGAGGCUUCAGUUGGCCAAGACAGCCCGGUUAGAGCAUCGACGGCUUCCAACUCUAACCAGACUCUAACUGUAUUCGACCACUUCUUACACCCUUCAACUCUCGAGUGGGAAAAAUGGACACUGGACACAUGCGAGAACCUUCUGACGCAGUCAAGUGGCGCUGUAAACGUCGGACGCCUGAUCAUCCCCACUACAGACACCGCUCGUUCGCUGCAUUUACUGGAACACCUUAACGCAAGUCAUCUGCCUGUAUUACUCGUCGGCGAACCAGGCACAGGCAAAUCCACGCUUGUGCGUUUAUUCUUCGAGAACAAUUCAUCAAGUGGAGAGGGGGUAUCCAGGACGCUUAUCUUCUCAGGGGCAACUUUAGGCGGGGCGUUCCAGGCAACAGUGGAGGCUGAUCUGGAGAAGCGUGGAGGCAAGACAUUUGGACCCUCGAACGGUCAACAACUCACUCUUUUCUUGGACGAUCUAUCCAUGCCAGCGCUUAACGAAUGGGGUGACCAACCUACGCUUGAAGUCGUUCGACAACUCGUGGAGACUCGCACCUUGUGCUUCCUAGACAAAGACAAACGUGGAGAUAUUAAGGUCAUUGAAGGGUUACGGUUCCUGGCAGCGAUGGGUCUACCUGGUGGUGGGAAGAACGACGCACCGGCUCGUCUUAAACGCCAUUUCUUCAUCUUGAAUUUGCUGCCUCCAUCGCCUGAAGUAGCUGAGGCAAUCUUCGCACAACUCACUCGCUGGAAAUUUAUUCCCGAAGAUAACUCGAUAUCUUCCGUUGGAAUCCCUAAGAAAUCGCUAUCCGACUUGAUCACUCGACUAUCUGCAGCAUCAGUACAGCUGUGGUUAUGGCUACGUCGUGCGAUGCCUCCAACGCCGCAGAAGUUCCACUAUGUGUUUAGCUUACGCGAGUUGAGUCGGAGCUUCCAGGGUAUUUUACGAGCUCCUACUGAAACCGCGACAACGUCUGAGAAAACCCUAAUUCGACUUUGGCAACAUGAGAGUGAGCGGGUAUUCGGCGACAGACUCGUGUCAACUGAAGAUAAACAGCGGUUCCGGGACGAACUCAACGCUGUAGCGGAAGGUUUGGUGACCAAGUCUGUGAAUCAACCGCCAGUAUCAAGUGCUGCAGGGAAAGACAAGGUGUCGACUCCUACGCCCGAUGGAACGCAACGCCAGUCCGUUCUUUCGGCUGUAAAUAUGCGGCACAACGCGGUCUACGUUGACUUCUUACAGGAUCAACCUGUUGACGAACUAGGUGAGCCUAUAGGGGAUAUGCCUCGUAACUACGAACCCGUUUCCAGUUUACCGCUACUGCGAUCUCGAGUGGAGCAUCUCUUAUCGCAGUUCAAUCGCGAGAACCCGGGACGAGCUCUACCGUCUUUAAUCCUGUUCGAGGAAGCUUUAUUCCAUCUGGCAAGGUUAACGCGCGUGCUUGGGCUCGCUCAAAGCAACAUGAUGCUUGUGGGUGUGGGAGGGUCCGGCAAACAGUCUUUAGCGCGUCUUGCAGCUGCGCUAAGUGGCCACGAAUUGUGUCAACUAGCGGUCACGAAAGCGUACACUUUAUCGGCCUUUCUGGACGAUUUACGCGGACUGUGUAAGACUGCAGGACAAGUUGGAAAAGGCGUGGUGUUUCUCCUUACUGAAACUGAUAUCAAGGACGAUUCCUUCUUAGAGCAAGUGAACGCUUUGCUAGCGACGGGAGAAGUGCCUGGUCUGUUCCCUAGAGACGAACUGGUCGUUAUGGCGAGUGAACUUCGUGGAUCAAUGCAGCGAGAAUGUCCCGAUCGAGCAGAUACUCUGCAGAAUCUAACGCGAUUCUUCCACGACCGAGUCCGACGAAACCUCCACGUUGUCUUGUGCUUAUCUCCAGUCAGUGCUCGCUUUGCAGACCGAUGUCGGGAAUUCCCGCACCUAGUGAACGGCUGCACCAUUGACUGGUUUUUACCGUGGCCAGAGGAGGCUCUCACCGCUGUAAGUCAGGGAUAUCUCGACAAGUUCGUACUGGAGACGCCGCCAGCUACUAAAGACGCGUUGAUCCUGCAAAUGGGGCGCAUGCAUCAAGCCGUGGAGAAAGUUAGCGACGAGUAUUUCGCUCGUCGACGACGACGUGUGGUCCAAACGCCAAGAAGUUUCUUGAGUUUCCUGUCUACAUACAAGGAGCUGUAUGCUGAAAAGUUGAGUGAAGUUCGACAUCAGGAAGGUGCAGUGAAUCUUGGACUGCAGAAGUUAGGACAGGGAGCGCGAGAUGUCGAGAAGAUGAAAGUUGUGCUGAAAGAAGAAGAAGCCAAGCUUGUGGUAGCCGAAGCAGCCGCUAAUAAGAUGCUGGAGACGCUGCAAGUCAAGUCUCUUGAAGCGAAGAAGGAGAACGACAUCGUGCAGCAGAUUCGUGAGCAAUGUCUGGCCGAUGCUGCCGUUAUUCUGGCCGAGAAAGAAGCGGCCGAAGAGGAUCUAAAGCGUGCUCAACCUUUCUUGGACGAGGCUGAAAGAGCAGCGAGUAGCAUCCGUCCGAACGACUUGAACGAGCUAAAAAAACUGGCGAAACCUGGUGAUAUUAUCAAGCUCAUCUUCGAUUGUGUAGCCAUUCUACAGAUGGCUCCUCUGCUCAAAGUUGAGCGCGCUCCAGUGACUUUGGGCGUGGGGAAAGAGAAGCACACGUGCGAUUUCGUCAUGGAUUCGUUCCAGCUCGCCAAGUCCGGUAUGCUCGCUGAUACGCGGUUUUUACAGCACAUUUUCUACUUUUCGAAACACCAAAAAGACCAAAUGAACGACGAAACACUGGAGUUUAUGGCUCCGUACAUGGAGCUAUCCGGUUUCAGCGCCCCCGUGGCGAAAAACGCGUCCAAAGCAGCAGAAGGGUUAUUCUGUUGGGUUAAAGCGAUGAGUAUGUACCACGAAGCGUCGAAAGUGGUGAAACCCAAACUGGAAGCGCUGCGCAUUGCAGAGGGCAAGUUUGAAGCUGCUCAAGCUCGACUUCAGAGCUCCGAGGAGAAGUUACAGAAGUGUCAGAAUGUGCUCACGCGCUUACAGGACGAUUUCCAGACUCAGAUGGCCGAGAAGGCGCGCGUUGAGGCGUUUGCACAAGCUACGAAGCGUAAGAUGGACCAAGCCACAGCGCUUAUCGGUGGCUUGGGAGGGGAAAAAGUGCGCUGGACGGGAGAUUCGAACCGAUUCGUGGAGAGGAAGCAACAUCUGGUGGGGGAUUGUGCUCUGGCUGCUGCGUUCUUGUGUUAUUGUGGGCCGUUCAACCGCGAGUAUCGAGAUUUACUGCUGCGUGAACGUAUUCCAGCAGAACUUGGAGCUAUUCCAACCCCCAACAGCGCUACUAAGCCUUCGUUUACGAUCCCGUUAACACGUGGGCUAGCGCUGGAAGAGUUCUUGGCUGAUGCUGGGUCUGUUAGUGACUGGAAGCUGCAAGGUUUACCGUCCGACCCGCUCUCUAUUCAGAACGGAAUGUUAGUUGCCAGAGCGCCACGAUUCCCCCUACUAAUUGAUCCUCAAGGACAGGCGUUAUCUUGGGUUCUUCGUCGUGAGGCGGAACGUCUACCGACUAUGGGAGUUGUAUCAGUGAGUAGCCCCAAACUGCGUGAGAUUCUCGAACAUUGUGUGGGUGAAGGCAAAGCGCUGGUUCUGGACGGAGUGGAUGGCGCAGAUCCGGAUCCUCUGAUGGCGAAUGUCCUCGAUAAAAACUUUAUUGUUCGUGCUAAAGGAAAAUUUGUGAAAAUUAUGGACCGCGUGUGCGAGUAUAACGAAGACUUCGCUCUGUACCUGACAACUCGAGUACCGAAUCCGCACUUUUCUCCGGAACUUCAAGCACGAACACUUGUCGUGGACUUUACGGUGACUCAAAGAGGGCUGGAAGAGCAGCUGUUAGCGCAAGUUAUCCGUCAGGAGCAACGCUCUCUCGAAGAGCAAUUAGAGCGCGUUCAGUGUGAAUUAAACGCGAACGCUAAAGCUCUGAUAGCUUUAGAUGCUCUGCUCCUAGAGCGACUGUCAGCUAGCAAAGCUAACCUUCUGGAUGAUGUCGAACUCGUCUCGGUAUUGGCCAAUACCAAGGCGAAAGCUACCGAAGUUAACGACAAGAUCCUGGCAGCUGAGGAAGUGAAACGAGGGAUUGACGAAAAGCGAGAGCAUUAUCGUCCAGUGGCUGCGCGUGGCUCGGUCCUCUACUUCGGUAUCGUCGAUUUCGCCGCAGUAAAUGCCAUGUACCAGACGUCCUUGGACCAGUUCUUACAGCUGUUCGUCCGCGCUAUCGAGGAAGCAGAACGAUCUUCGUUAGCGUCGAAGCGAGUGACCUACAUUAUUGAAACCCUAACGUACAUCGUGUUCCGGUACGUGAAUCGAGGCCUGUACGACCGCCAUCGCCUCAGCUUCCUGCUUAUGAUCGCACUUAAGGUGCUCGUGGCUGCAGACUGCGUGACUCCAGCCGACGUGACGCUGUUUCUUAAAGCCGGAGCAUCUCGAAAACUGUCAAGUGACCAGCCCAAGCCAUUCAACUGGAUGUCGACUGGCGCGUGGCUGAAUGCUGUACAACUUGCGAGUGAGAAACCUCACUUUCGUAACCUUCUGGGAGAUCUGGAACGCAGUGAGAAUAUAUGGAGAAAAUGGUUUGAAGACAACGAACCAGAGCGUCUGGCUGUUCCAGAUUACGAAGGGCUAUUGUUUGACCCGCGAGCAAUUACAUCAAAUCUUCACUUCCAUCGAUUGCUAUUGGUGCGUUCAUUACGGGAAGAUCGCACUAUUCCGGCGGUGUUGGACUUCAUUCGAGCUAUUGAGUUCAUUGAAGGUCCUGUGGGGGUUAGCUUGUCCCGAGUCCCAGCGUUAGGACCUCGUUACGUGGAGCCUAUUACGGAUACAGUUGAAAGCGUGUACCAGGAGAUGAGAGCCGAGACGCCAGUGCUGUAUCUCUUAUCGCCUGGAGCGGACCCUACGGAGUCCAUUGAGCAGCUUGCGCGACGUAAACGACAGAGUGUGACUACUAUAUCCAUGGGAGAAGGACAAGAGGUUGUUGCGGCUCGGACGGUGGCGUCUGCGAUGCUGAAUGGGUCGUGGGUGCUGCUUCAGAAUUGCCAUUUAGGGUUGAAUUACAUGGACACUCUAUGCGAGACUCUAACGACAGCAAAUAGCGCUAAUGCUGCUGUAAGUCCAGCUCGCGCGCCAGAGUUCCGACUGUUCUUGACGUCUGAACCGCAUCCGGAUUUCCCGAUAUCUUUGCUGCAUCGAAGCACGAAGGUCACGAACGAGCCGCCUGCUGGUCUUAGAGCGGGGUUGCUGCGCAGCUUUACGGUGUUAGUGGAUCAAGACAAACUGGAUCGUCUGGAGACUGCGUCAUGGCGUUCGCUCUUAUUUGCAGUCUGUUUCUUACACGCUGUCGUGGUGGAGAGAAGGAAAUUCGGUCCACUCGGCUUCAGCGUACCGUACGAAUUUAACGCUGGUGAUAUGGGCGCGUCGCUGAGCUUUUUAGAGCGACAUUUGUAUACUUCCCCGUCCCCGUCGUGGCCGACAGUGCAGUAUAUGGUGGCUGAGGUGCAUUACGGAGGUCGAAUUACAGACGAACUGGAUCGAAGACUGUUCCGCGCUUACUGCGACGCUUGGUUUAAUCCGACGCUAUUAGGGAGUUCCUUUUCCUUUAACCCCGAGGUGAAGCUAUCGACAGGAGGAGCCUCGUCCUCUGGACAGUUGUUUAAUUACUGUCUGCCAGACUCGUCCACCGCAGAGAUAGAAGAGUAUCAACGAUAUAUCGCCGGGUUUCCGAGUGUGGACUCUCCUGAGGUGUUCGGCUUGCACCCGAAUGCAGAUCUAACGUAUCGUGUUAAGGAAGUAUCCGCAUUGUUGGGAACGAUCGUGGAUACUCAACCUACAGACGCUGAAAGUACAACAACCAAGUCCGAAACAAGAGAAGAUGUUAUCCAGCAGAAGAUCCGCGAAUUACUGGCGGCACUUCCAACUGGAGGGGAGGAAUCUCUGAGUGAAGAAGCGCUGGCACAGUCGCUACGUUCCAAGGUACUUGGUGGAGGAUUGGAGCUUCCUCUUAACUUGUUCUUGUGUCAAGAAGCACGAGCACUUCGAAUGGUUCUUAAAAACGUUCGAGCGUCGCUGAUAAAGACACAACGUGCGUUAGCGGGUGAAGUUCUGUUAACGUCUUCAUUACGGGAGACAGGUCAAGCGAUUUUUGACGGCAAGGUGCCUCCGUCGUGGGUAGCGAACGAGCAAGCGUGGCUUGCUGGAACGUUAGGUCUUUGGAUUACAGGGCUUAUCGACAGAGUAACCCAGUUACGUGCGUGGCUUGAUCGUGGUCGGCCGUCGAGCUUUUGGUUAGCGGGGUUCUCUAACCCGCAAGGGUUCCUUACGGCUGUUGCACAAGAGUCAACUCGAGCUCAUGCGAGUGAGCGCUGGGCGCUGGACGAUGUGGUCUAUUACAGUGAAGUAACCGACUACGAGCGACUGGAACAGAUCAAGCAGCCGCCACGCGAAGGUGUGCUCGUUCACGGACUGAUGCUAGACGGUGCGGCCUGGAAUCGACCGGAUGGGACGUUGGUGGAACAAGAACCCAAACGGUUGUUUGCUUCCUUGCCGGCAGUUUAUGUUACAGCUGCUACUAAAGCUCACAAAAAGACACGAGCCGCUCAGGAUCACGGUCCGUACGGAGCAUACGAGGCUCCGGUCUAUCGCUACGCUAGACGUACAGACAAGCACUAUAUUUUCUCCGUCUCGUUGGCUUCCAGAGACCACCGACCGCUACAUUGGACGUUGCGAGGUGUUGCUUUACUCUGCUCCACCGACCAGUAG